AUGGCGGCCUGCAGGACCCUAAUCCACACUUCUCUCUCUUCAAUCGGCUCCACUCUCCGGCCCCAAUUCACCCCUCUUCUCAAUCUCUGCUUCUCUCCUCUCCUUUCCCCCAAUAAAGGGCUCAGACUCUCCCAGAACAACCUCCCUCAUCGGCCGCACGCUUCAAUUGCAGCAGCAGAAGCCGCAGAUUUCGAAGCUCCGUCCCCAAUUUCCGAAACCCUAGAUCCGCCGGAGUCACAAGACACGGUGGAGCACCUCCUCACGCACCGGGACGACGUCGUGAAGCUCAUGAAAAUGGAACGCCGCCGGAGCGGCUGCGGCGGCGGCGGGCGGUGGUUUCCGUACCUGGACAGGUUCAACUGCGGCGGUGCUUACGUUACGAGUGGUGAGAUACUGGAGGCGGUGGAUCCGAUUAUAAUGGAUGUGAGGAAGGAGAGGUUUCGGAAUGUGGUGAGGAACCGGAGCUACUCGGUGUGCUUGGUGGUGGAGGGGUUGGGAGAUUUUGGGAAUGUCUCUGCGGUGUUCCGGUCCGCCGACGCGCUUGGGAUUCAGUCGGUUCAUGUGCUCUCUUGUGACGCUUCGAAAAGGUACAGAGAAAAUCGACAUGUGAGCAUGGGAGCUGAGAAAUGGUUGGAUAUUGAACUUUGGGACUCCACUCAAGAAUGCUUUGAAGUUCUAACAUCGCGUGGUUAUCGAAUUGCCACAACACAUGUGGGGAUGGAUGCGGUGUCUAUUUACAACAUGGACUGGUCUUGCCCAACUGCAAUAGUUGUCGGAAAUGAAAAUAGGGGAAUAAGUGAUGAGGCCCUGGAUUUGUCAGAUUUGCAUUGCAGUAUUCCAAUGAAAGGGAUGGUGGAUUCUUUCAAUGUUUCAGUUGCUGCUGGCAUUCUCAUGCACCAUGCUGUUUGUGAUAGAACUUCUCGCCUGGGCAGUCAUGGUGAUCUGACACCUGAAGAGAACCAAAUUCUUCUUGCUGAGUUCUCUCUGCGUCACAGCAAGAAUUCAAUUAGCAUUGCUCACGAGUACGCAAAGCGGAAGGCAGCUUUGCUCACACCAAGGCUUUGAAGAAACUCCAGUCUGAUAUCUGAUCUUUAUUGAAGAACGAUGACAGACAUGUAUCUCAAAAUUCUGGUACGAAAGCAGUAUAUUGAUAAACAGCGCAUGUCAGAUAUCCUCUUCAAGCAUGCAAACUGGUCUUUGGAAAACGAAGCUCCAUACGAGAAGUGGCAUGAUGGAUCCCUAGUAAUCGGAUCUGGAGGAUCAUGUCUGUUCGGGUUAUUAUGUGCCAUUGUUGUGUAAUUGUUCAAUAGAACCAAUCAAAUAUCUUGAUGGUUUAGUUUUGUCUGUAGGACAAUUUUUUACACAAAAGAUGCUAAUAUCAUAGUUGAGAAGAAUUUUUCUCUGCUUC